AUGGCCACCGAGAGCCCCUUGGAAACUCUGCAGCGGGAGAUCACCUGCUCCAUCUGCCUGAGCUACUUCAAAGAGCCGGUGUCCAUCGACUGCGGCCACAACUUCUGCCAGUCGUGCAUCACGCAGUGCUGGGGGCGAUCGGACGACGAGAACACCUCCUGCCCCCAGUGCAGGCGGUGGUCUCGGAAGAGGAGCUUCAGGCCCAACCGGGAGCUGGGCAAUGUGGUGGAAGUGGCUAAGCGGCUGAGGCUGGAGGCGGCCACCUCGCUGGCGGGCCAGAGGCUGUGCGAGAAGCACCAGGAGCCGCUGAAGCUCUUCUGCGAGGAGGACGAGACGCCCGUCUGCGUCAUCUGCAGGGAAUCCCGAGCGCACAAAGCGCACCCCAUGCUGCCCAUCGAGGAGGCGGCUCAGGAUUACAAGAAACAAGUUGCCACACAUGUGAAAGCUCUAAAGGAAAGGAGAGAGAAGCUGAAGGAAUCCAAAGAAGACUUGGAGUGCAGAAGUCAGGCUGAUCAGGAUGAUGUACAAACAGAGAAGCAGAAGGUGGAGGCAGAAUUUAAUCAAAUCCAUGAGUUCCUGGAAAAAAUCGAGCGAUUCCUGAUUAUCAUGUUGAAGAAAUUUGACAAGGAGAUUGUACAGAAGAGAGACGGGGUGGCUACCAAACUGACAGAGGAGAUUGAUCGCCUCAAUGCAUUGAUCAGUGAGGUGGAGGAGAAGUGCCAGCAGCCCGCAAGUGAAUUUCUGCAGGACAUCAGGACCAUUUUGAGCAGAUGUAAGGAUGGACAGCUGCCACGAUUGGUAGAAGUUUCUUCCUCUCCGACUGACCUGGAAAAGAAGCUUGGGCACUUCAGUCUGAAAAAUAUUGUUAUCAAGGAGGCCCUGGAGAAAUGUCGAGAAACUAUGAUAUCUGAAUUAGCAAAAGCAAGGUCGAUGGAAACAUCUGCUAAAAAGGCAAGCAUUACAUUGGAUCCAAACACAGCUCAUCCCCUGUUUGUGGUGAGUGAAGAUAAGAAGAAUGUGAAACGUGGGGACAUGGUCCAGCCGCUCCCCAACAACCCGGAGAGAUUUGAUGCCACACUCAUUUUGCUGGGCACUGAGAGAUUCUCCUCGGGGAUCCAUUACUGGGAGGUGGAAGUAGGCGAUGGGCAAAACUGGGCUGUCGGUGUUGCCAGGGAAUCCGUGAAGAGAAAGGGACCUGUUAUCACUUGCCCUGACGAGGGGAUCUGGGCUCUGGGGCUGUGUGGGGAAGAGUACAAGGCUUUCACUUCUUCCGACACUCGCCUGACCCUAGAUGAAGCCCCUGAGAAAAUCCAAGUAUUUGUGCAUUAUGAAAGGGGUUGGGUGGCAUUCUUUGAUGCUGAUUAUAUGUCCCUAAUUUUUAUUUUUCGGUCAGCCAAUUUCUGUGGAGAGAAAAUUUGUCCUUUCUUUAAAUUGUGGGGUCUAACUACAGAACUUAGAAUGUGUCCCUGAAAAACUUCCUGCAGUACAUUGAUCAGCUUUUACGAUCUGCGAUGCCAUCUGUGCAUACUUUGAACGGAAUCUUACAAAUGGAACGGAGUGUUGAUGUUAAAAGAAGAAAGAAAAAGGCUUGGAUCCUACCUCUGCACUCCAUGGGCAGAAGCAGCCUGCAUUGCACUCACAGAAGGGAACCUUCUGUGAACAGAAACUUCCAUUCAUGGAGUUAAAAGUUAGGAUCCAUUCCAGAGACCUCCACCUUUCCAAGUAAGUAGAGGAAUAUGUUCCUCCAUUCUCCAUUUGUAUUUCUUUUUUAAAACUUCCAUUGUACAUAAUUUGCAUCUUUACCGAUAUUUCAUUACAGGCCGCAUAUAAUAUAUUUCAUUUUCCUUUAAUCUUGUGUCACCUCAUCUAGCUUUUGUGUUAUUCAUCCUUCUAUUUAAGUUAUACUUUAUUUAGAAGCAAGUCCGGAUCGUUUCAGUGGUUCCACCUCAGAAUAUUUAGGAUUAUGGUAUUGGUAAAGAAUGCUUCAUUUUAAAAAAGUGUUUUAUGCUGCAUUUCAACAACGUAUCUCUUAAUGGAUAAUUUUAUGUAUUUCUUUCGAUCACUGCAACCCCAGUCUUCCUCAGCCAGAAAAGGCUUCCAGGAUGACAUGCCAGAAUAGGAUCAUCCCUGCGAUCUAAUGCAUGACAGAAAAGAAAGAGAGAUUGAGAGGGAGGAGGGUAGAAGGAGAUGGAGGGAGGAGUGCCACGUUCUUAGCUUCAGAGUUCUUGUAAGGGCCAGUUGGGAUAUAAACAUCAAGAACAGGAGCUGAAUGUUGCUGAUCUGUCAGCAGGGUUGGUGCAAUGGCCCUGUUUCCUUUCUCUAUCUCACCUCAGUGAUGGAAGAGCUUGAUAAAACUGGCUUCUGAGCAAUGCUGACGGAGUGACCCUGCUUCCCUUUUCAUGCUCAGCCGGAUGGAAUGGCUGCUCUUCCAUUUUCUCCUUUACUGUAUAUUAACCUUUUGCUGGUUCACACAUUUUCCUCUUUCUCUUUGCCAAGGUUGGAACAUGGUGGGCAGAAUGCUGCUAACUGGUGGGGGGCAGGCAGUGUCUCUUCAGUGCGUUGCCUCUCCCAUCCCAGUCUCAGCCCAGCAGCACAGGGAGGAAGGGGGGGUGAUGCAGUGCACAGUCCCUCUGGCUCAUGAGCAGGCUUGUAGAAGGAGAUGAGAAGAAGAGAAGAGGAGGUGGGAGAAAAGAAUCCUCACUGCUAGAAGAACAUACCUCUGAAGCUCUACAGUCCUCCCUUAAUGAUACCCUUUCCGCUUUCCACCUUAACCUUCCUGUUUCUUCUAUGUAAUGUCUUGUAAUUAGGAAAAUGCUUCCCUUUAAUAUGUAAUUGGUAAUUUGCAGCACAAUACCAGGCACAUUUGCUCAGAAGUAAGUUCAGUGAGUCUGUGUAGCACUGCAAUCUGAGAUAAGGCAGUGGGUCUGAAGCUUUGAUUGCCCCCUCUCCACCCCAUCCCCGAUAGCAGAGCUCUUAUUAAUAUUACAGCUGUUAUUUAUUUCUUUGUAUCUGUACUAUUUCUGCAUCACUAUUUUUAAAGCCCCAUGUGGUAAUUCUAAGCUUCUGUUCUAGAAGUCAUUGGUUCAUUUCAAUAUGCCUCAAAAGAGAGAGAUACUCUCUGCAUCCCCACUGUGGGGUGGCAUCUUUACAUUUCGUAUUUACACAGUCCCUUUCACUUCCCUUGGUCAGCUUCUAAGCUUUCGCUAGGCUUUGACCCAGUACUAUCAAUACUUCCUUUGUAGCCCUAAGGGCUAGGAACUUCCUUUUUAAAGAAAACUUGAGAUUUUCCAGGUUGCUGAGUUCUGUGUUCUUUGUACCCAUUUCUGUUUGUGGAAACUUUGUAGAAUAUAUGCUUCCCUACAUCUGCUGCCCUCACCCAUACUGCUUCUGCUUGGAAAACAUGCUACCUGAAAAGCUCAAAUAUCUGAUUCAGGUACAUAAUUUUCUUCACCAUGAACUCAAAUACCCAAAAGCAGGAGGAGCAUAAUUCAGGAUCAGCAAGAUAAGCCCAAAAAUGUAAGGAUGGUUGUAUGGAGAACUUCCAGGCAGUGGUCCUUGGCUGUAUCUGUGCUCUAAUCCUAAAAUAAAUUAUAUGCUGUGGCUUCCCAGGUAGACCACUGCAAUUCAUAGCCUUUCUUAAAGAAUGUGAACAUAAUUUAGUCCCCUUUCUGCGUUCCUUGUAAAAGACAUGACAGCUAGUCUGACUUAGUCUAAGGUACUCUGGCAGCAAUAACAACAAUCAAGAAACCACAUAAGCUGCAGUUAGUUUGCUCUUGUAUUGCUUUUGGACCCACUGACUUCAAGUGCACAAAAUAGAUGCAUGGGAAACCUUGUUGUAGAAAGGAUGCAAUUCUACAUGACAUACACACUCACCUGAGAUAACUCUUCUUGAGUGCACAGGGAUCUACUUCUGAGUCAAUAUGCGAAGGAUUGCACUGUAAGCAACCUGUUGUGACAAACCUUGCACUUUUGGAAGAGGUGUUUUCUUCUUUGAUAAGCCUCAACAGAUAUGUAUAUACUUUGAUCUAGAAAAAUGUGUUGUUGUUGCAUUAAAAAUCUCUUAAGUGAACAGAAAA